AUGGGCUGUAAUCCAUCGAAGCCUCUCAACAGCCUACAAACAGACGUAGAUCAGGGCCUGCCCGCGCACUAUCCACUGGCCAUAACUCGUCCGCCUCGAUACUCGCGCAAUGAGCAUAACGAAGCGUGUCGCCUGCUACGGCCUUGGACUAUGCGAGGCGCAAAGUCUCGCAGCUUCACGUUCGUUGUCCAUGUCAUCAACAACAGCUUGCUCGAUAGGUCGCAAACGCUCGCCCAGGUCAGACUGCUGGGCCACUUGCAACAGCUCGCAUUCAUCCAUAAGCUUCAGGUUCUUGUCAAAUGUCUAGAUUACUUGUCUGAAACCAAUGAUGACCCUUACGCGGCGAAUGAGAAGCAAUUGUAUUUGGACAUGCUAGCAGCCCGAUCCAAAGCAGCAACGAUCCGUUUGUGGGACGACAGACCGCCGACGGCUAGUACCCCGAGCCCCGAAGAGACCACAACUGCCGAGCAUCGGAUAAGCGCUGUCAUUGACCAGGUCCGACGCAACGGGGAUUUGGGCGACGUAGAUGUCAAGAACCAAGUCGAACCAGAGCUCGUUGCCGCCCUUUCUCGUUUUGCCAAGAGCUGGAGCCUGGACGAGUUCAUGGAAAUGCACGAAAAGAUCAUGGGCGAGCCGCCGACGUUGAAUGCGGCCGGCAUAUCGAAGCUGCAGGCCCAGUUCAUCCUGCAAGCCCAAGUUGCCCGUGCAAGCCUGACAAGUGACAACGGAGCGACGCCGACCAUCUCCGUCAGCUUUCUGCCGGACGACGUCCCCAACGUAACACUCAUCAACAUCAAAAAGCAGUGGAAGACACUGUUCGUUCCGCUGGCGAAACGCGUCAAAGAGUCCGAAAAGUCCCUGCGUCAAGAUCUCUACACGAUGCAGCUCAUCUCUCUUGGGUCUGCCCACAGCAAGGGCGGACAGCAGUGGAAAGAAUUGGACGAACUGGGGCAGGCCGGCAUGGACAUCAUCGACCAUCUCCACCUGGACGCAGGCCAGAUCCUGCUCCGGGGCCCCGGUUCACUCCUCGGCCAGAAGAUGCUGCUGGGGUCUGUAGGCCCCGCCGCCGACCGAGCGAAGGCAAAACGAGAGUCGGAGGCGGGUUUGUAUGGCACAGGAGGUUCUCAAGUGACGCACGAGGACAUGGAUGCGUGCGUUUGCCAGACGCAGGGCAUGGUUCCGGGAGUCGAGUAUGUGCAACUGAGCCAGGAUGCGUGA